AUGGCGGCGACGUCGGCGGCGACGAUUUGGGCCGCCUCGCUCGAGUCGGCGAAACGCGUCGCGGACUUUGCUCGAGGGAAUACAAAGGUGACAUUCGAAGAGGCGGCGGUGCGGUGGCGCGGAGCGCAAGAAGAGGUGACGCGUGAGCGUGCGUGGUAUGAUGCGUGUGUGCACCGUGUUCGCGACGGAUGCGCGCGUCGCGCUCGCGAAGACGCGGAGACGCGACGCUCGGCGGCUGAAGUCGUCGGCGGCGCAAACGACGCAAAGCUUCGCGCGCUACGACGUAAGAUUCGACGGUGCGAACGCGCUUUGAGCAAUCUCUCGGCUAAGCUCAAGCCGGCGUACGUUGCGAAUUCAUCGACAUUCUGGAAUGAGAGAUGCUUGAAUGCGAGCGCGACCACCGCUCCUAAGCGCUCGGUGUUGCUCGCGAUGAACGAAAGCGGUGCCCGAGAGACGAUGGCGAGGUAUCAUUCAUCCAGCGAAUCGUACACGAGUGAUAUUGAGCGUUCAGUCGCACUUCUGUUGACGAAUAUUGACGCCCGUUCAAAGUAUGACCUCGAGUACAUGGACAAUAAGUCAGAACGCUUGCAAAACGUAUCGCUCGAUGUGAAGCGAUUCGCCGAAUCGGGAUACGCGGCCAUCCAUGAUAGAUCGAUCGAGGCGAUUCAAGACUUCAACUCGAGCGUGGGGACUGGAUUAAAUGCGUUUUCGUACGGUGUGAGUACAGCUGUAGACACGAUGCGCACGAACGUCGUCAACGCCUCACUGGCGCUCAUGAUGUCCGAAGUAGGCGAAAUCGCAGACGAAAUGGCAGCGUACGCCAUAAACGUUGAUGCAACGUUUGAAAACGUUCUCACGUGGUUUGAUGAUUUUGAAACGAAUGUGAGACCGGUGAUUCAGUCGCUUGAAGACUCGCACGGCUUGAACCUCCCGAAUACGCCCCUGAUAUCACUUCCAAACGCGCCCGUCGUCUCGGUGCCAGAUUUUCAAUGGCUGUCGCCGGAUUUACCAAUAGGCGGGUUUGACGGGCUCUCAGACGACUUCACGACACUAAUGUCUGCUUCAGCGACGAUUGCGGGUUCAACAAUAAAUAAUGCUCUCACUGAAGCCACUUCUGUGGACAUCGGUGUCGAUCUGGGCAUUCCUUCGCUCUUGAGUGAUUAUGACCCGCCGCCGUUUGAGAGCUCGGAUGGCUCUACAACAGACAACUCGACGCAAUUCGGUGAAGAAACCCUCCAAGCGAUUCGAGAACGAUCUGACUUGUUCGUAGAAUCAACGAACGCUUCAUCGGCGCAGACGUCUGACUUUGUGCGUUUUGGUUUGAACCAAAGCGCGGCCGCCGUGAUGUACUUGACGACGACAAAUUUCUCUUCACCUGACGUUGCGCCCGACGCAGAUGAUUUCGAUUUCUUCAACAUCACGUUUCGUGGUGUACACAUUCACGGGUUUUUCUCAAUCGCCGAGUUUGCAUUCGCUGGUUUGGUAAACAUUGAUCUGACGUACCGCGUCAUUCGAUGUGUCUCCGUGGUGUCCAAACAUUUAUCUUACGGCGCGCUCGAGCUCGAGCCGCUCAACUUGAUCGAUGGCGACCGCGACGCCGGCGAGCGCAAAAUAAGUUCUCUUGAGCAGUUUGCAAGAUUCGUUGCCGAUCCGGCCAUGGUCGCCUUCGUGCGCUUCACCAUCUUCAUCGCCAUCACCGUCGCUUCGCUGCACGUGUAUCGCCAAACCCAUCGCUCGUAUGUGAAGGGAUGCGUGGAAAGUAGAAACGGUACUUUGGCGGCCGAUUACGCCUUCGUAUUCGCGCACUCUUACGUCAAUACCGCACCGCGCACACGAGCGUUGGCGUUCGACUCGUACUUGGCGUACAACUUCACGAAAACGUGCGACGCGCGGCGCGUGGCGACGGCAGAGCGAUUCAACGUAGCCGACGUCGAGCGACAUCGCCUAGAAACCACGCUGGACGCUUCACGUGAAACAUUACUCGCCAUCGAUGCGUGCGUGGAUGUGAUUCACGGCGAUGAGAGCGAGAUCUUUCAAACGCACGCGCGCGCGGCGCAGUCGUGCGCACUUGAAUCGUUCAAACUCGACGACGGCGGCGCCGCGUCCGAAUGCCAGCCGCCGACGUGUUCAGCGGCGACCUCGUGCGUCGGUCCCAUCGACGACCUCCUUCGCGCGCACGCGAUCGAAACCACGUGUGCUGUCGAGCGUUACGCGCACGAUUGGAUUCAGCGCGCGUUGCUUCUCGUCCUAUCGUACGCGUCUAUGAACUUUGCGCGCGAGCCAUUUGUGGACGCCCUCGGUCGCGUCGUUGCGUUGACACAAAACAUAGAUGAUAUCGCCGUCAUCGCGUGGUACGAUCGAGAUAGAGACGAAGCCUGCGUCGCAGACGACUCUGUGGUUCGCGUAAGACGGGCUCUGCGAAAUGCGCGAGUGCGCGGAUGUGUGGUGAUGGCUACUUGCGUCGCGUGUCAGCUCCCGUGGGUGCUUCUCGCCUCGGCUUUGCGUUGA